AUGGAGAACAAAGCCAUGUACCUGAACACUGUGAGCGACCGCGACACCGGCUCCCUCUUUGAGGAGCCCUUCGAUGGCAGGAGCCUGUCCAAGCUGAACCUGUGUGAGGACGGUCCAUGCCACAAGCGACGGGCAGGUGGCUGCUGCACCCAGCUGGGCUCCCUGUCGGCCCUGAAGCAUGCUGUCCUCGGGCUCUACCUGCUGGUGUUCCUGAUUCUCGUGGGCAUCUUCAUCUUAGCUGUGUCCAGGCCUCGGAGCUCCCCUGACGACCUGAAGGUGCUGACUCUGAACGUGAACCGGCUGAAUGAGAGCUUCAGGGACUUGCAGCUGCGGCUCCUGCAGGCGCCGCUGCAAGUGGACCUGACGGAGCAGGUGUGGAAGGUGCAGGACGCGCUGCAGAACCAGUCGGACUCGCUGCUGGCGCUGGCGGGCGCCGUGCAGCGGCUGGAGGGCGCGCUGUGGGGGCUGCAGGCGCAGGCGGUUCAGACGGAGCAGGCGGUGGCCCUGCUGCGCGACCGCACCGGCCAGCAGAGCGACUCCGCGCAGCUGGAGCUCUACCAGCUGCAGGUGGAGAGCAACCAGAGCCAGCUGCUGCUGCGGCGCCACGCCGGCCUGCUCGACGGGCUGGCGCGCAGGGUGGGCGUCCUGGGCGAGGAGCUGGCCGACGUGGGCGGCGCGCUGCGCGGCCUCAACUACAGCCUGUCCUACGACGUGGCCCUCCACGGCACGCGGCUGCGGGACCUGCAGGUGCUGGUGAGCAACGCCAGCGAGGACACGCGCCGCAUGCGCCUGGCGCACAUGGGCAUGGAGCUGCAGCUCAAGCAGGAGCUGGCCGUGCUCAACACCAUCACGGAGGACCUGCGCCUCAAGGACUGGGAGCACUCCAUCGCCCUGAGGAACAUCUCCUUCGCCAAAGGACCGCCAGGCCCCAAAGGCGAUCAGGGCGAUGAAGGAAAGGAAGGCGAGCCUGGAAUCCCUGGAUUACCCGGACUUCGAGGUCUUCCAGGGGAGAAAGGAACCCCAGGACUGCCCGGCCCCAAGGGUGAUGAUGGGAGGCCGGGAGCCAUGGGCGUGAUGGGCAUGCGCGGGAUCAAAGGUGACCGAGGCCCAAAAGGAGAGAAAGGAGAUAAAGGAGACAGAGCGGGGGAUGCCAGUGGCCUGGAGUCCCUGAUGAUCCGGCUGGUGAAUGGCUCAGGCCCACACGAGGGCCGGGUGGAGGUGUACCACGACCGGCGCUGGGGCACCGUGUGCGACGACGGCUGGGACAAGAAGGACGGGGACGUGGUGUGCCGCAUGCUGGGCUUCCGGGGCGCACAGGAGGUGGCCCGGACGGCUCGGUUCGGGCAAGGUACAGGGAGGAUUUGGAUGGAUGAUGUCGCCUGCAAGGGCACAGAAGAUACCAUCUUCCGCUGCAACUUCUCCAAGUGGGGGGUGACAAACUGCGGACACGCUGAGGACGCUGGAGUUACGUGCAACAGACACUGA